CUUUGCCCCAUCCAUCCCUCCGUUUCGCCGCUCCGCGAUCCUUCCUGACCUCGGUUUCUCUCGCUCCGAUUCCGGGUAAUAUAGAUUUAUUUGGAAACUGCUACAGCAUUGUUGGUCUGGGCAAUGCUUAGAUACCUUCCAGGUUAGAAGGCAGGGAUGAACAUCUCUGCUCUUCUAACUUCUGCAGGCAUAAAUAUUGGCUUCUGUGCUCUUUUCUUGUCACUGUAUUCAAUCUUGAGGAAACAACCUAGCAAUCUCUAUGUUUAUUUUGGCCGGCGGCUUGAAAAGGAGAACAGUAGGUAUCAGGACCCUUUCACUUUGGAAAGAUUCGUGCCCUCUGCUGGCUGGAUAGUGAAGGCUUGGGAAGUGACAGAAGAUGAAAUCCUAUCAAUUGGUGGUCUGGAUGCAGUGGUUUUCCUUAGAAUAUUUGUUUUCAGUAUACGUAUUUUUUCCAUCACUGCUGUGGUUUGUGUAUUUGGAGUGCUUCCAGUUAAUUAUUUUGGCCAAGAAAUGCAGCACGGGCGCAUCUCUUCAGAAUCAUUAGAUGUAUUUACAAUUGCAAAUGUCAAAGGAGGGUCAAAAUGGCUUUGGGUCCACUGCACUGCGUUAUACAUUAUAACCUGUUCAGCUUGUAGUCUUCUUUAUUCUGAAUACAAGAACAUUUCUCAAAUGAAGCUAGCUCAUGUCACUGGAUCCCCUCCAAAUCCUAGUCAUUUUACUAUUCUUGUUCGUGCUAUACCAAAAUCGACAGAAGAAUAUCUGACCGAUACCAUUAGAAACUUCUUCACAAAUUAUCAUGGAUCAAGUUACUUAUCACAUCAAAUAAUCAGUCGAACUGGGAAAUUUCAGAAAUUUAUGUCCAAUGCAAAGAAGGUCUACAAAAAGUUUGUCCGGAUAAGAGUCACUGCUCUAGACAAUAAAUGCAGACCAAGUCUUUAUAGAUGUGGACUUUGCGGAGUAGUGUCCAAUUCUUUUCAAUUUUACCACAGUGAUUAUAAUGGAAAAAGGACAGAUCUGCAACAUUCAGACACAAGAAAACGAAAGGAAUGCUCAGCUGCCUUUGUUUUUUUCAAGACCCGCUAUGCUGCUGUUGUUGCUUCAAAGGUUCUUCAGACUUCAAAUCCCAUGCAGUGGGUAACUGGCAUUGCUCCAGAACCAUGUGAUGUUUAUUGGCCAAACCUAUGGAUACCAUUUGGGCAGCUUUGGAUUCGCCGACUAGCUACUCUUUUGGCUACCAUCGUUUUCAUGUUUUUGUUUCUUAUCCCGGUAACCUUUGUGCAAGGUCUAACCCAACUAGACCAGUUACAACAGAAGUUCCCUUUUCUGAAUCGUAUACCUAACAAGGCUUUUGUGAUCCAGUUCGUGUCAGGUUACCUGCCUAGUGUCAUUUUACAGGUCUUCCUCUAUUCUGUUCCCCCAAUGAUGAUGAUGUUUUCUACUGUGGAAGGGCCUAUUUCGCGCAGUGGCAGGAAGAGAAGUGCAUGUUGCAAAAUACUGUACUUCACCAUAUGGAAUGUAUUUUUUGUGAAUGUUUUAUCUGGAUCUAUCAUCAGCCAGCUGCAUAUCUUUUCUAGACCAAGAGACAUUCCUGUCCAUCUCGCCAAAGCAGUACCAAGGCAGGCAACCUUUUUUAUUACUUAUGUUCUGACAUUAGGUUGGGCCAGUUUAUCAUCGGAAGUCUUGCAAACCUUUUCCCUAUCAUAUAAUUGGAUGCGGAAAUAUAUAUUCAGAUUGAAGGACGAUCCGAAUGCUGUGCCGUCCUUUCCGUAUCACACUGAAGUCCCAAAAGUGCUGUUGUUCGGCUUAAUUGGUUUUACAUGUUCAAUAUUGGCACCUUUAAUAGUGCCAUUCUUGCUGGUUUACUUCUUUCUUGGUCAUCUCGUGUACCGUAACCAGAUUCUAAAUGUUUACAGCUCAUAUUACGAAUCUGGAGGGCGGAUGUGGCCCAUCGUGCACAACACCACUGUUUUCUCUCUGCUGCUGAUGCAGAUUAUUGCACUUGGAGUAUUUGGAACAAAAGAUGCCCCGGUUGCUUCGGGUUUCACUAUUCCACUUCUGAUCUUCACACUUCUUUUCAGUGAAUACUGCAGGCAUCACUUCAAUCCCAUAUUCAAGAAUUUCUCUGCCCAGGACUUCAUCGAGAUGGAUAGAGAAGAUGAGCAAACUGGUCGAAUGAAGGAUAUUCACAUGCAGCUGCUCACAGCAUACUGCCAGCUCCCCCCACCAACUACUAAUACUGAAGAAACAUAUUAUGAUGAUUCUGAAACUGGUGAUGCUCGUAAUCAGGUCACGAUCUGAACUCUCUC